AUGGAGCUUCCAGUGUUCGACAUGGCCCCCUUCCUCACUGCUGGCGCCUCCAGCGAUGAAGUGCAGACCCUCUGCCGCCAGGACACCAUCUACGCCGGCUUCCACUACGACCUCAGCUUCCUCACCAUCCACGGCAAGUCGCGGUUCCCCGGCCUCUACAUCUGGCUCAGGACCGGCAAGAAGAUGCUGGUGCGAGUGCCGGAUGGGUGCCUGUUGGUGCAGGGCGGCAAGCAGCUGGAGAUUCUCACGGGUGGCCACGUCGAGGCCGGCUACCACGAGGUCGUGUGCGCCCCCGAGACCCUGACCGCCAUCGAGAAGGCCCGCGAGAGCGGCAGGUCGCUGUACCGCAUCUCGUCGACGCUGUUCUCGCACAUCGCGUCGGACAACGUGAUGCAGCCGCUGGGCAAGUACGGCGAGAGCGAGGCCGUGCGCGCCAAGUACCCGCCCAUCAAGGCCGGCCACCAGGUGCAGGCCGAGCUCAACGCCAUCAAGCUCGCCGCCGUCAAGCAGGACGCCUGA